UCUCAGAUCAGUCGGCAGUCGUGUCGCAGCGUCGUACGAGUACGCACGUGAUCGCGGGUCAUACACAGCGUCGUCGUGUGUUGUACGGUGGUCGCGAUCAUAAUAAUAUUAUUGUAUCCGCGUCGAUUGCCGCCGCCAUUCGAAUCGAUUCCUCCGCGCGCGCGUUCCGUCGGUUUUCUCGGCUCUUCCCGGUCGCAGGUCGCGGGGACUUUGCUGCUGGUGACGGCGAUGCCAGUGUGGGCCGCCUAGAAUCCCGCCGAGUGGAGCGCUCGACCGUUCCGCGUGCACGCGCGCGUGUGUGUGUGUGUGUGUGUGUGUGUGUGUGUGUGUGCGCGUGUACCGUUCUACCGUUGCAGUCCUCCGCCGCAGCUGUGUGUAGACGGUGUUGUCGCCGCCGUUGUCCUAUCGUCGUCGUCGUCGUCGUCAGAGGUAUUUGAGUACACGCAUAUUGUCCGCCUUAACGUACUAGGGGUCACCAAACGGCGGCCCGCCGACAAAAUAUUUACCUGAUAAAGCCCGGAUAAAGUAUUAAAGAACAAAUACAAAUACAAGGGCAAAUACUUGAUAUUUAGACAACAAUCGCCAUGUCGGAGUACAGCGGUGAAGCCAAGUACCGACCAAAACGGUAUCAAUCUAUUGGCAAGUUGUUCAAAAAACGUGUUCCAAUCAUUUCUUGGCUACCCAAGUACGAUGCAGAUCAAGCUGUCAGUGACUUGAUCGCCGGGGUCACUGUUGGACUAACAGUCAUGCCUCAAGGGCUGGCGUACGCUACACUCGCAGGUCUAGAACCACAGUAUGGUUUGUAUUCUGCGUUUGCUGGAUGCAUUGUUUAUACAGUAUUUGGUAGUUGUAAGGACAUUACCAUUGGGCCUACAGCAUUAAUGUCACUUAUGACUUACCAACAAGUGGUCAAUAAAAACGCCGACUAUGCAGUAUUAUUAUGUUUUUUGUCUGGUAUUUUACAGUUCAUUAUGGGAUCACUUAAACUAGGUGUAUUAAUUGACUUCAUUUCCAUCCCGGUGACCGUUGGUUUUACAUCAGCUACUUCUGUUAUCAUAGCAGUAUCUCAAUUAAAGGGUCUUCUUGGCCUAAAGUUUGAAUCAUCAACCUUUUUAGAUUGUCUACUGAAAGUGUACCAGAAUAUUGGUAAUUACCGUGCCAAUGAUACAAUUCUAGGAGUUACUUCUAUCAUCAUACUACUAAUGCUCCGAAAAGUAAAAGAUAUUAAAUUAUUUGGACCUAAUGGUAAGCCAUCCAACAAACAAAGGACAAUUAUGAAAGGGCUGUGGCUACUCUCCAUAUCUAGAAAUGCUUUAAUUGUGGUUGCUUGCUCAAUCAUUUCAUACUGGUGUUAUAGGCCAAAUUCAGAACCUUACGUGACUUUAAUUGGGAAAGUAAGAUCUGGCUUACCACCGUUAAAAUUUCCACCGUUUGGAACAGAAAUAAAUGGUACACCGGUUAGCUUCAUUAAUAUGUGUUGGGAUCUCGGAUCUUCCAUUAUAUUAGUGCCAGUGAUUGCUGUUCUCGGAAAUGUCGCCAUCGCCAAAGCAUUUGCUAGCGGAAACUCAGUGGACGCUACACAAGAACUCUAUUGUUUGGGCGUUUGCAAUUUACUGGGUUCGUUCGUUUCGUCGAUGCCCGUUACUGGAUCGUUUUCAAGAAGUGCAGUGAAUCACGCAAGUGGCGUGCGGACUCCUAUGGGCGGAAUGUAUACGGGUAUACUUAUUAUUUUGUCACUAAGUUUAUUGACGCCGUACUUUUACUUCAUACCCAAAGCAGCUCUAGCAGCAGUCAUCAUUAGUGCUGUUAUUUUCAUGAUCGAAUACGAGAUCGUUAAGCCUAUGUGGAAAUCCAGUCGAAAAGACUUGAUACCUACGUUUGCAACAUUUGUUUUAUGCCUGGGCAUUGGUGUCGAACUUGGAAUUUUAGUAGGUGUUGCCAUAAAUAUCAUGCUUUUACUUAUACCGUCGGCUAGACCGUUUUUGCACAUUGAAAUGAAAAAGUUAAGAACCGGCCUGGAUUAUUUACUAGUGACUCCGGAGAACAGUCUUUACUUUCCAGCUGUAGACUUUAUGCGAGCCAAAACAGAUCGAGCUGCUGUUAAAAUGGGACAGUCUAAACUUCCUGUUGUAGUUGAUUGUAAACAUAUACUUGAUGCAGAUUUUACAGCUGCUAAAGGCAUCGCUGGCUUAAUAAUGGACUUCAAAAGGCGAAAACAGCCAUUAUGUUUUUAUAAUCCAAGGAAAAGUGUUCUGGCCGUUCUACAGGGUGUAUGUGUUGAUGAAAUUGUUCACUGUUUCACGUAUGACGAACUGGAACAAACCCUUAAUGAUAUCAACUUUUCUGGAAAUUCAGCGGAAUUAAAAGACAUAGUACAUACAACAUCUCAACAGUCACAUGAAACGCCACUUUUAAACAGGAGACAACAUUAAACACACAAGUUAUUCUUUGUAAUUUUUUCCUAUAUGAUGAAUAAAUAUCUACUAUAAUUUAAUUUAUACAUAAUCAUCAUAAAUUAUGAGUACAUUUUGCUCAUAUUUAUAUAGGUCUAAUUUAAAUAUUUAUUUUUUGUGAAAUUUGUAUUGACCAUACAAACAUUGAUAAUGACAAAUUUUUUUCAUGUAUACUAAUUUUGUUCACCCAUAAAAAGUUAGAAACUAAGGAAUCAUCUUUUAUAAUAUUUUACUAUUUUUAAUAAUUGUAAUUUAUAUAUUUUUCUAAUAUUCACAAGUACACUUGUAUGUUGUAUUACUUCUGUAGUUUGUAUGAUUAUUUGACAAUGUGCUUAUAAAUGAGUCAUAAAUAUUUUUCUAAGUUAAUUAAGUAAAUAAAAAUGUCGUGUUAAAUUUUUUAAUUGAAUUCAAAAUUUAUUUUUAAACCAUGUUGCAAAUCAAUUGUUUUUGUAAGUAGAUUACAUAACCAAUAUCUAAACUUAAAUUGAAGAAUAAUCUAUGUUUAAAAAUUAUUAACAUUGUUUGUACUUCACAAUAUUUUUGUAUAUUAGUUUUGAAUAGAAAAUAGUUUAUUUUUUUUUCGUGUUACCUAUGUGAAAUGUGAAAAAGUUGUUUUACAAUUUAUUUUAUUUGACAAUUUGUAUUUUAAAUACAUGCAGAAUAAUUGAUGCAAGUAUUACAAUCAUUCAAACAUAUUAAAUAAAUAUUAUAGGUAUAUUUUUAA